AAUCUCCGCCGCCGCCGACAAGAAUCCCAUUAGAAGCGCUACCCGUAACCGCCGCCGCGCCGGAUAAACAACAAAAGCACACGCACUCCUCGCAGCCGCCGUCGCUCUCGCACACAUGGCAGCCGCGCCGCCGCUCCGAAUUCCCCUCGCCAAGUCCCUCAAACCCACCUCCUUCUCCAUGUCCUCCUCCUCCUCCUCCGCCUCCGCCUCCGCCUGGCGCGAGCCGUUUCCGAGCUACAAGCUCGGCUGCUCGUGCAGGUGCGAGGUCAAGAGCUUUGACCACCACCACCACUCCCAGAGCUGGACCACCGUCGAUCGCUUCCCGGACCUCGAUCCGAUCACCAUCCUGCCCGCCCCGUCGCGCUCCCUGGCCGGCCCUCCGGCGUCGGUGGCGGCGAGCGCCCGCGACUCGUCCGGCGAGAGCUCGAAGAAGGUGUGCCUGUUCUACUGCGCGGAGACGAAGCCGCUCGCGGAGCGGGUCGCCGCUCGAUCCGACGCCAUCGAGCUCCGCAGCAUCAACUGGAGGAAGUUUGCUGAUGGGUUCCCCGACCUGUUCAUACACAAUGCUCACGGAAUUCGGGGACAGCACGUUGCCUUUCUGGCCUCUUUCAGCUCCCCGGGCGUGAUCUUCGAGCAGCUCUCCAUCAUUUACGCAUUGCCGAAGCUGUUCGUCUCUUCCUUCACCCUCGUGCUGCCCUUCUUCCCGACGGGCACUUCCGAGCGCAUGGAGGACGAGGGCGACGUCGCGACGGCUUUUACCCUCGCCAGGAUCUUGUCCAACGUCCCAAUCUCGAGGGGCGGGCCUACUAACUUAGUGAUCUUCGACAUCCAUGCCUUGCCGGAAAGAUUUUACUUUGGAGAUAACAUUUUACCAUGUUUCGAGAGUGGGAUACCAUUGCUUAAGAAUCGUCUCCAGCAGCUUCCGGACUCUGACAAUAUAUCUAUUGCUUUUCCGGAUGAUGGUUCAUGGAAGAGGUUUCAUAAGCAACUGCAGCAUUUUCCAAUGAUUGUAUGCGCUAAAGUUCGGGAAGGUGACCGGCGAAUAGUACGCCUUAAGGAGGGAAAUCCCAAAGGACGUCAUGUUGUCAUUGUCGAUGAUUUGGUGCAGUCAGGUGGCACUCUAGUUGAAUGCCAGAAAUUGUUGGCUGCCCAUGGAGCUGAAAAAAUUAGUGCUUAUGUGACACAUGGGAUUUUCCCCAAGAGGUCAUGGGAGCGCUUUGAGCAUGACAAUGGAGGAAAUCCAGAGAAUGGCUUGACCUACUUUUGGAUCACAGAUUCAUGCCCUCAAACUGUGAAUGAAGUACUGAAUAGACCACCAUUUGAGGUUCUCAGCCUAGCUGGUUCUAUAGCAGCUAGUCUGCUCAUAUAACAGAAUCAGAAUCUAUGAUCUGCUUCUUCUGCGGCUUAAAAAAAAAGAGAGACAUUUCUGAGAGUAAGACCUGAGGUAGGAAGCUUUUAAUUUAGCAUGUAUCUCCUUAUUUAACCUCUCUUUUCCUGUAUUUCCCCUCUAUUCUUCUGUAAAUUUUGCAUAGGUGGGCCAAUAAUUUGGCUUCAAAGGAAAAAUUCUUGCCUCUCAACUGAGGAAAUGAGGCAGCCAUGUAAGAGAUGUCAUCUUUGUAACUUCGGAAUAACUGGUGAAGAGUACAGCAAGAUGAUUAGUUGAUCAUCUCUUCGUUUUUUUUUUUUUUUUUUUUUCGGGAAUCAGGUUUAGAUUUGAUCGAUGUGUACUGAAGCAUCGAAUCAGUAAUAGUAUUUAUCGAGUGGCACGCAUUUGCAUUGAUUUUUUUUUCAAA